AUGGCGGAUGGUGGAGUAGCAGGUGGCUCCGCUGGGGCCUCAACGAUUUCUGAAAAAACAUGGCGAACAGGGAUUCAGGAGCAAGAGGCGUGCAAGGCUGCGCAGUUGACAUUUACACUAACCGGUGAAGAUCAUACGCUUGGCAACACAAUUCGAUCAAUCCUCGUUCGGAAGCCCGGCGUAGAGUUCGCAGGCUAUUCUGUUCCCCAUCCGACGCAACCUGAGAUGAAUAUUCGCCUCCAGACCACAGGUGAAUCGGCUAUGCAACUGCUGCGCGAUAGCUUUGACGACUUGGCAAACAUCUGCGAUCAUCUGGACACACUGUAUGACGAUGCGCUUGAAGAGUUUAAUAGAAAAAAGCGCACACCGUCGGCGGCGGCACCCUGA